UUUGCGCAUGCGCACUUGUUAUACUCUAGCUUACUUUCUGGUUGUCUUUCAUUCUAAACAUAACUGUCGUUUGAGAGGUUUCCAUAAGUUAACAUAAAUAACAGUUUUUUUAAUGUUCGAUUCAUCUUCCAUAAAACACGCUUAGUUACGGUUAUCGCUACAAGAUCCAGUAUGUCUGCGAAAUAGAGACAACACGUCCAGCUAGCAAGCUAAGCUAGCUCCUAGGAGACGAGCUAACAGGAAAAUGUAUUUUCUCUACACAAUUAUUGCAUCCUUAAGUUUAUUUUUUAUUUUAAAAUGGAUGAAAAGGAGGAGAUAUUUCAUGGAGCUGAAAAGACUAGAUGGGAAAACGGUUCUUAUCACAGGUGGUAAUUCAGGCAUUGGCAAGGAGACAGCUGUUGCCAUGGCGAUGAGAGGUGCCCGUGUCAUCAUAGCUUGCAGAGACCCGAGCAGAGCUGAGAAGGCCGUCAGGGAGAUCAAACUAAAGAGUGGCUCUCUUUGUGUUUUUCCCAUGGAGCUGGAUCUGGCCAGCCUGCGCUCGGUCAGGGAUUUCUGUAAAAGCUUCCUCAUGAGGGAGAAGAGGCUUGACAUCCUGAUCAAUAACGCAGGCAUGCCCGGCGUCCUGGACUGGACCAAUGACGGCUUCAGCAUGUGUUUUGGUGUCAACCACUUGGGUCACUUCCUCCUGACUAACUUGCUGCUGCCUCGACUGAAGGAAUGUGCUCCCAGCCGGGUGGUGACACUUACAUGUUCCAACUACAAAUAUCAGAAACUGGACUUCCAGGACCUCAAUUACAACCUGCUGCCCUUCUUCACCUACUGCCGCAGCAAGCUGGCCAACAUCUACUUCAGUCAGGAACUGGCUCGCAUCACAGAAGGAAAAGGAGUCACAUCCUACGCUGUGCACCCCGGUUUUGUCCAGAGCAGCUGGACGUGCCACUACUCGUUCCCGUUCCAGAUGCUGAUGCAGGUGAUCAUGUGGAUGUUUUUCGUGCCGUGUGAGAUUGGAGCUCAGACCGUCAUCUACUGCUCUGUGUCGGAUGAAGCAGCAGAACACAGCGGGGGUUAUUUUGUUGACUGUCAGCCGGCAACUCUGCGUCCGUUUGCCAGAGAUGCUGGUGUGGCUAAAAAGCUGUGGGAGGCCAGUGAGAGAAUGGUGAGACUGGUGUAACGGUGGCAGCUGAGGAAUCUCGGAUAUCUGUCACGUAGAUGGAAAUUAUUUAUUAUUAAUUCUGUUAAGUUUAAUCCGGCUGUGCAGUGGUUAGAGCUGUUGCCUCUCAGCGAGAAGGUCCUGGGUUCGAUUCCCGGCCUGGGAUCUUUCUGCAUGGAGUUUGCGUGUUCUCCCUGUGCAUGCGUGGGUUCUCUCCGGGUUCUCCGGCUUCCUCCCACAGUCCAAAAACACGACUGUUAGGUUGAUUGGUCUGUCUAAAUUGUCUUUAGGUAUGUGUGAUUCCCUCCAAGCAACACAGACGCAAGCGAUUUCUUUUACGGGUUUAUUGGACGUCCUUUCAUUGUGGACCUCUUCUGUCCUCCUUUCUUAGACCUCCCUUAAACCGUGAAACUAAAUAUACAGGAUAGUACAAGUAAAACAUAUACAAUAAUGUGCAACAAAAUAAAGACAAAUAAAUACCUCGUUGGCUGUUUUGCUUAAAACACAAAGGGAAUCCAUCCGUCCUUCUUUAAAUCCUUUCACUAGUUAGUUCUUUAGCAAAAGAUUGAAUGUUUUCAGUCCAUUAGCUGUCUGCUUGCCAGCACUUCAUCCAGGCUGUGUGUUCCUCACACCUGGCUUGCAUCAUCAAAUUAAGGGUGUGGCUGGCAGAGCAGCUCGUGUAGCUUUCAAAAUAAAAUAACAGGAAAAAACCAACCCAGUGUCUUACAAAUGGGAAAAUAAAUAAAUGAAGAAAUAAACAGCAACAGCAGUUACACUCCCACCAAAUCACACAAAACCCAGUGUGGGAUUUCUAAGGAAACUUAAGGGCUGGUCAGACUUAAGUACUUUCAUUUGCUUCAAUCGAUGUAACAAGUUUAUGUACAGGUCUGUCAAGGAACACUGUUUUAGUCGUAGGUUCACCCUUUCCAUCAAAUGUGGUAUCACCAACCAACAAUCUUACUUUUCGUUCUUUAUCAUCUAACCCUGGAUAGACCUCGGCUAUUCUGGCUAGUUUCCAUUCAUUUCGUGGUGCCUGCUCCUUCUGUAAAAGUACGACGUCAUUCACCUUCAUGUUUCUUCUGGUUGUCUGCCAUUUUUGUCUUUGUUGUAAACUCAGCAGAUAUUCCCUUUUCCAACGAAUCCAAAAUUCAUUGGCCAAAUACUGGACUCUGCGCCACCUUUUUUAAAGAUGCAGGUCUUCUUUGACAAACUGCCCAGGUGGAGGAAGGAUAAUUGUUGACGUCAUUGUAAGAAUGUGAUUUGGAGUUAAAGGUUCAGGUGCAGAUGGAUCAUUCAAAUUCUCAACUGUAAGUGGUCGGCUAUUGACAAUCGCCAUUAUUUCAUAAAACAAAGUUCUUUGAGCUGAAUUGUCAAGAUUGCUUGUGAGAACACUUCGAAUAGUCCUAAUCUGUCGUUCCCAGAUGCCACACAUGUGGCUUGCUGCUGGGGGAUUCAUUAGGAGUUCACAUUUUCACGCUUUCUUUCCCGUCAGUGUCAGAGCCUGAUGACCAUUCAUACUGUAGAUCAAAUGUUAUCUGAGGAAAUACGUCCAUCUUUGCUGUGCAAAGUCGGUCAAAAUCCAAGAGUUAACGGAAGUAACGUUAAUGAUGAACCGAACACCUGCGCACAGCGGAGUGAUACUGUUUGUAAACAGUCCCAGUGCUGUUGUGGUCCAAUAUCAGCACUCUUGGAAAGUCUCUUGACCAAUCAAAUCACUCGGUCGGAACUAACUGUUGCAUAAUGUUAUUUAUUCUGUAAAUUGUUAAUGAAAACGCUAAUUUUGACACUUGUUUGCAUAGUUGUGAUCUUUAGGCGAAAUCCUUUCGUUCUUCAGCACAACUGGUUUCUGACGUGUUUUUAUACAUAAAUACACGACUCAGUGUAAAACCAAACUGCUUUUUCAGGCUUUAACUGCAGUUUCAGCUAUGAAAUGUUUGUAAAAGAUGCAUUCUGUCUUUUUUAAAGUUGUUUUCUGACACUUGUGUUUGUUUCCAAAAUAAAGUAAAUGAUUCGGUUUCUUCUG